CGCAAAAUCAAAAUGCAAUAUUCGCUGUCGCACGAGAAAGACCUCACAAAAUUUCUAGAACUUUGUGAAGGUAAGAGCUUAGAUGAGCUACCCGAAGCUAUAACGGCCGCACGUGAUAGAUAUCAACCGGAAGAGGGUAGCGCUGCCAGAACACCUACGCCAAAGCACAGCAGAUCCCCGUACACCUCACCAUCGCGUACAAAAGAGAAGACACCGCACACGUCCCCGGCGCGCACACCACGCGAGUCUCGCAGUCCCAAAAGGCAUACCUCACCUGGACGUGUUCGAUAUGAUGAUGGCCAAGUAACAUCUAAGAGCCCAAAAAGACAUGGCACGCCUGGACACGUUCGAUAUGAGGAUCCAAAUAUACCAACGACUGAAGAUCUGGAGUACCGUUUUCGCGCAUUGGAACUUCCAAGAUCUAAGUCGAAGGAAUCGUUGACCGGCAAAUCAAAAAAGAAUAACGUCGAUUCGAAAAAGUCACUAAUACAUCCACUAGAAAUGCUACUCGACCCCAGCUCCGAUGAGGAUGCUAUACCCACAACUGGCGAACUGGAGCAUAGAAUAAGAGUGUUGGAUGAUAAAAGGAAGACACCUUCGCCUUCGCGACAAUCACGCUCCCGUUCGCCGACAAUUGAAGACAUAAAGAAUAGGAAAUUAGCAGAAGAACAGCGGCCAAAAGCGCCCAUACACAGUUUAGAAACGCUUGUCGCGUCGCCAACCAAAAAAGAGUUACCCACAGCUGAAGAGUUGGAGGCACGUAUGCGCGCUUUGGAAGAGGAACAUUGCUUCGACUUCAAAAUGCAGAAAACUUAUCAGGAGUUCAAUCAAAAGCUAAAGGAUGCCGUAUCUCCAUCGCUUUCUUUCGAAGAGUUUAAAACUUCCAAAUCGCGUGAGGAAAGCCCCAGACGCAGCGAGACAAACCGUUCGAUCACACCAAAAUCUGCCUUGCGCGACUCUGCCAGCAACUAUGACGACGGGCAAUACAGAUCAACCAGUCCUAAGGCCAUACGCUUCCGUGACGAAGAAGACGAUUAUGUUACGAGCAUGCCGUUAAAACCAAAAUCACGCUCGGAUACACGGGAUAACAUUGGACGCACGACUCUUACAGAUUCGUGUAGCAGUAUAAAUGCGGCGCUUACGUCCGAGGGACUUGACGAGUUGGGCAGUCGACUGAUGAGGGAGACUUCACCACUACAGCGUACUGGCAGCCAUACUGGCGUACCGCUGCGUACCAAUGACAACAUUAACGAACGCUUGGAUUCCAUUAAAAAUACAAUCAAGUCCAUCGACACGCUCUGCGAGGAGAAACCGUAUCGAAAAGAACGCUGCCAGCGCUACAUUGAUUCACUAUUUUCCGACUCAAUACAUUUUGCCAGCAAGAAGACCUCGCUAGAGGAUCUCUCGCGCUCAGAUAGUCGUGCACAUCGUGAACUUGGCCCCUCCAUACGCAUCUCAGAUCAUAGCCAACGACACGCAGACUAUUUAUACGGUCGUUCUUUGGGUUCGGCAGAAUCUAUACGUUCGACAAGUCCAUUGCGCGCUGCCAGUCCAUUGCAUCAUCGUUCAAAUCGGGACUUACGUCGUGAAAUCUCACCACGCCGGCGGCACGAAGAAGAGCGUGAAGAAUACCAGAGUAGGGUAAGACGAGAAAAUAUGUUGCCAAAUUAU